AUGAUCAAACCCAGAAACACCAUUGUCACCAUCGAGUGGUCAGCGCUCCUCGAGAAGAAAUGCCUCGAGUUCUUCUCCCCGGCCAACGUGCGCCGCUACUUAGCCUUCUACUGGGCCAUAUGGCACCCCAACAUCAACCUCUUGCACAAGCCGACCUUUGACCCCACCACCACGAGCCCCUCCCUCCUCGCCGCCAUGACCAUCAUGGGCGCCUCCGUGUCGCCCUGCCCCUCAGAUCUAAACGACGCCAAACUGUGGUUCAACUGCGUUGAGGAAAUGGUUUUCACCGACUACGAUCUGUGCUCGGAUCCCGUGUACACGAUGAACACGGGCGUGUGGACCCCGGCCAUGACGAAGCAAAGGUUCCGUUUCGCGACCGUGGUGUCGGCGGUGCGCGAUAUCGACUUUGCCACGGCGAGGCAUGCGGAGCUGGGGAACCCGCUAGAUUUUCAAUGGAAGACGUUUGUCGUGAAGGAGGAGCUGAUCCGCGCCUUUUAUGGAUAUCCCUCCUCGACCACGCCUUUGUCGUUUUCAACAACCUCCCCGCGCUUCGUUGUCAAGGAAAUGCGCAUCCACCUCGCCCGCCCCGAAGCUUGCUUUCACGCCGAAACGGCGGACGAGUGUCUGGCGGAGCUGCAAGCGUGGUCGGCGCACUCUUCCAUCCUACCGACGCUGUGCAUCUCUGACGCCACGGAAAUGAUUUGCAAGGGGCCCUUGCCCGGGAAAUGCACCGCAUCCUCUGUACACUCUCUCGUCUUCCAGCACCGAAACUCAUUCAGUCUCGACAGCCACUUCAUCGCCAUCCGCCACGCCCUCGCCAACUGGAAACCCAUCUGGGACCUCUACAAACUCCACCUCGACUCCUCCCCCACCCACAACCUCCUCGCCGGGCAGACCCUCACCCCGGACAACGCGUGGCGCCGCAUCGGCUUCUGGCGCCACUCCCACGACUACUGGCUGCUCGCCAGCAUCAUUGUCGAUCGCCUCACCGGCUCCAGCUUAUCUACGGCGAAUUACGGUGUCUCGCCCGAGAGCGACUACGCGGGGUCGCCGCACCGGGAACCAACGGGGGUGCUGACGCGCUACGACCAGACGAGCAUGCAGCAGGUGAAUGAGCUGAUUGCGGAUUUUCAAAACAUUCAAAUCUUUUCUACGGCGCUUUGA